ACUUCUGCUUUCGGAGCGACGCGAACCCCGGCGCGCAGCUGCUCCGUGGGGCCGCCGGUGGGGCCGAGCCGGGGGCUCCCACCAGGGCAGGAAGCCCCUUUUUGGGGUGCAGCCCACACCCUGCCACUCUCCUCGAGGGGUGCCCGCAGUCCCCCAGCCCUCGGUGGCCCCGCUCUCGGCGUGACGUCCUUCCCCCCGCGGGCUCUGCAAACCGCAGCCGCUUUUCCGCGCUCGCUCCCCGCCCCGCCCGGCCGGAGGUGCAGGCGGACGGUGCCCACGACGCCCCAGCGGGUGGGUGCCGCUCCUGGGGCUGCCCCCGGCCCCCCGUGCCAGCCCCUCGCCGGUGAGUCCUGCAGUCGGGAUCCCCCCGCGUUCAUCGGCACAGGUGAGCCCUGGAGGGAAGGGGAUGGAUUAGGACUCAGCCCUGGGGAUGCUCUGAGUGUCAAGGGGGUGCCUGAGGGUGCCACGCUCCGUGCUGGUCCCUGGGGUUUGGAGAUGUGGGAGCAUUGAGCCCCGUCUGGAUGCUGUUGGGUGCAGAUCCUCGGGAACCUCUGUACUGCCGGGAGAUGGAGGGAUUGAUGAUGGAACAAGGGGAUUUGGAGUGAGUUUGGGGUGGAUUUGCCUCUCCUGUUCCAGCACAGAGGCUCAUGGUGGCCCUGAGGAGCCCUGUGCCAGCCCGGCGGGUGGAGGGGGAGGACGGGCACCCCGGCGCGGGGGGUCUGUCAAAGCGUGGCUGCAUCCCUGUGGUUUCAUUUCCACACAGACUCAUCCCGCAACUGCCCCUUCCCGCAGCGGCCGCCUCCAUCGCGGCUGAUUUCCCAUUUCCAGACACUCAACUUCCUUCUCAAAACUUGCUCCUGGAGCAGAGCCACCCCCGCAGGUGGCGGCUGUAGCAGGCUGGGUGCAUCCUCCUUCCCCCCAAACCCGAAGGGGAGGAGGAUCCUCGGCUGGAGUGUGAUCCCGCGUUGGGGCAGUUCCACGCUCGGCAUUCUCCCGCGGGGAGCAGGACCGCGAUGUCACCUGCCCUUUCUGUCCCCUGCCCCUUCUGUCCCCUGCAGGUCCCAUGGCGCUGGGCUGGGCUGUGCUGGUGCUGCUGGUGCUGAGCCCCCUGCGGGCGUGUGGGGCUGAGCUGCCGGAGCCGGGGCUGCCCCGGGACGGGCGGUGGGUCUGGGGGGUGGCCAAGCCCCUGCCCCUCUCCCGUGGGAAGAGGGAUGACAGCGGGCAGGAGCCCGGUGCCACCGCGAUGAUCAGCAGUGACAAGAGCGAGGGUGUGUCUGUGCCACCACCAGCACCCGUCACCAAGGCCAGCCUGCUCCGGGUGCCAAGCACAGCCGAUCCCAUGGAUGAUUCCCCCGAGCCUGAGCUGCUCCUGAGCUCUGCAGCACCGGAGCCCAGCACCAACACCAGCCUGCUCCGAGUGCUUGCAGUGUCCACCACAGCCGAGCCUUUGGAUGAGACAGAUUCCCCUGAACCCGAUUUACUGGAGGACUCUGUGGCACCGGCAGCACCCAGCACCAGCACCAGCACCAGCACCAGCCUGCUCUGGGUGCCUGUAGUGUCCACCACAGCUGAUCCCAUGGGCGACACAGAUCCCCCUGAUCCCGACCUGCUCCUGAGCUCUGCCCCACCACCAGCACCCAGCACCAAGGCCAGCCGGGCACUCAUGGUGCCAAGCACAGCUGAUCCCAUGGAUGAGACCGACACCCCUGAUCCCGACCUGCUGCCUGGCUCAGAGCCCGGCACACCCUCAGCAGCCCAAAGGAGCAUCACCACCACCACCCGCAGCUGGCUCACGUCACCCAUGGAAGAGGACACAGUGACUGAUGGCCUGGACAGGAGCUCCUCCGCGGGGCCACGCUCAGCUGCCCCCCCAGCCUUCGUCCUCACCACCACGGGCUACAAGAAACCCAAGAAAUCCGGAGCUCCGCCUGCACCGACCCUCCUGGCCCCUUGGGACACGUCCGCGGUGCCCUGGGAGCCCAGCGGGGUGAUGAGCAGGUGCCUGCUGGCCAUCGUGCUGCUGGGGCUGGUGGCCGCCACCUUCGUGGUGUGCACGGGGGUGCUGGGGUCGCUGCUGUGGCGGCGGGCGCGGACGGGGCAGCGCCGCUUCAGCCGCACCGAGAUGGUUUGUAUCUCCUCGUUGCUGCCCGACGCCGAGGCGGCCGCCGGCCCCCGACCCGUCCCCGCCCGGAGACACAAGCUGCUGCUGCCCGACGGCAGCUCCGAGCCCGACGGAGACAACCUGACUCUCAGCAGCUUCCUGCCGGAGCACUCCUGAGCCGCAGGGAUGGAUCCCGCACCCCCCAGCGCUGCGGGGCCCGGUGGAGCGGCGGGCAGGGGCUCCCUGUCCCCCGGUGUUUUAACUUGGACCGGUGUGAAUGAGCUGCUCCCCGCGGCCAGCUCAGCCCUCGAGCCCCAUCCCAUUAAAGAGUUACCUGGA